AAACUCUAGCUUUAAAUAUGCGCGCUUUGACUUAAAUAAUUUCCCAUAAUGCAUAGUACCAGUCGUAGGUGAAGGAGAAGGACUGCUCAUGCUAAAAUAUGGCGCCUCGAAACCACUCGAAAUCUGAAUCAAGGUCUCCAUCAAAAUCUAGGUCAAAAUCUAGAUCUCGAACACGUAGUAGAUCUCGUGCUAAGUCACGCUCCAGAAGCUAUUCUCCUCGUCGGUCUCGCUCAAAGACCCCAAAUCGCAGAAGAUCAUAUUCUAGAUCAAAUUCUCGUAGCAGAUCAAGAUCUCGAAGAAGAAGCAGAAAUCGAUCUAGAAGCAGGUCGCCACUAUCUCAUCGAAAGCGUCACAUUGGCAACAGGGAAGCUCCUCCUCCAGGGAAAUGUCUAGGAGUGUUUGGCUUGAGUUUGUACACAACAGAUAGAGAAGUUCGAGAAGCAUUUGAAAGAUAUGGGCGUGUUGUUGAUUGCAAUGUUGUGCACGAUCAUAAUACCGGUCGAUCUAGAGGAUUUGCUUUUUUAAAUAUGUCAUCUAUUUCAGAAGCUGAGGAUGCUAAAGAAAGAAUGAAUGGCGCUGAACUUGAUGGAAGACGUAUUCGUGUUGACUUUUCUAUUACUCAGCGAGCUCAUACUCCUACACCCGGAGUAUAUAUGGGAAGACCAACCCAGUCAUCUCGUUAUCGAGGAAGUAAUUUCCGUGGUUAUAGACGAAGAUCAUAUUCUCGUUCUAGAUCUCGAUCAAGAUCUCCAUAUUAUCGUUAAAGUAGCAACUGAACAAAAGAAAGAAGUUCUCAUCUGGCAUUGAUUGAUCAAGUUUCUUUGGACUUAGGAGACAACAAUCAGUUCCUUAGAAUAUUGUAGCACAUUCUUUGAUUUGUUUUAACAGUGUACAUAAUGUAUGGUCAUAACAACCUCAUAAUAGAGUUUCUAAUGA